GCGGAAGUGCUCGGAAGACCAAGGGGGGUGGACUCUGGUAGCUCUGGCUGCUGUUAUCUGCUGCUGAUCUUUGGGCCCUUGACAGAGAAACUUCCAUCCAGCAGAGCAGUAUGGCAGUGUCCCAGGAAUCACUGAGCUUCAGAGAUGUGUUUGUGGACUUCACCCUAGAGGAGUGGCAGCAGCUGGACUCUGCUCAGAAGAACCUCUACAGGGAUGUCAUGCUUGAGAACUACAGCCACCUGGUGUCUGUGGGGUAUCUAGUUGCCCAGUCAGAUGCGAUCUUCAGCUUGGGACAAGGAGAAGAGGCCUGGGGGGCAGACAGAGGAACCCAGAUAAGGAGCUGUCCAGGUGAGCACACACCAGAUGUAUCCAUUUUUGCCUCAUGUAUUUUGAAGUGCUGUUAUUAGAAGUCUGGCAAGUUGAUGGGUGGAUAGAUAACUACAAAGAAAGCCGAGACAACCCCCUAUGACAAGCUGCAUUCAGAGACAAGGAAAUAAUGAAAGAUUAAAGGGGCCAAGAAUAUAGAACAUGCAGAAAAAUCAUAUAUGUGAGCACAGACUUUGUUUCUAUAAGACAAAGACUUUCUAAAUAUUAUUCAUGGAGAAAGUGUUCAACGUAAUUUAAGCUUUCUUAGUUAAAAGCUAUGUAAGAAAGAUAAUGGGUGUAAGUCAUACUGGAAAUUACGUCUUUGUUCUAAACUUGAUAAAGCCAAACCUGCAGAGAAAUUCUUUGAAACCAGUCAACAAGGAAAAUUCUCCACCAUAAGCAAGCCUGUAAUAAAAGGUUGAAUAUUCAAGCUGGGGAUAAGCUCCAUGAAUGUGGAAAAAUAUCCAGAAAGCACACCUUGUUGUACACAAGAGAACUCACACUGGAAAGAAGCUUUAUGAAAACUGUGAAGUGCAAAAGCCUUCAUCCAAAAGUCAACCCUCAUAUGCAUAAAAUUCAAAAGCCCUAUGAGUGCAAUUGAUGUGGGAAAACCUUCAUUCAGAAGGCACCACUCAUUAAACAUUAGCAGAUUCAUACGGGGAGGAAAUUUUAUGGAAGUAAUGAAUGUGAAGAUUUUUUCAGUGUGAAAUCAGCUCUUACUGUACAACACAGAACUUCCACAGGAAAGAAGUCCUAUGAAAACAGAGAUUUGCAAAACCUUCAGGAGAAGACCACUCUCGUUGAAAAUUCAAGAAGUCAUUUAGGAGAUAAGAUGCAAAACCCAUGAGUAAACCUUUAAGUGGGAUAAAUAUCCAUUAGUUUUAUGUUGUCAUACUCUGUAUCCAGAAAUUCAUUCAAAAUAAUUUUUCAAAUCUUGAAUCAGCUUUUAUGAAGUUGCUUAUCCUCUGUUAAAUUUAGGAAUGCUCAAUGGUAUAAUAUUCAAAACAUGGAAUGAACAUGAUAAAUUCUUCACUUAAAAGUUGUAAAUAUUGUUCAUCAAAGAAUUUAUGAAGGGUCAAAAUUAUGAAUUAGGGCUGGGGAGAUAGCUCAGUGGUCUAAACACCUGCCUGGCAUGCGUAAGGGCCCGAAUUUGAUCCC